AAUUUGAAAUAAUCGAACCCCAAACAAUUAUUAUAUAUAAAAAGAAUAUCAAGAGGAGGAUUUUUUCCAAAAUUCAAUAGAUCCAUCUCCAUCUCAAAUCCAACCCACUUGAGAACCCGACCCGAAUUUUCGAAACCAAAAUGCGUUAACACCUAACAUCCAGAUCAACUCAGCUCUCCGAUCCAAACCUCCGUACUCCUCCUCCGCCGCCGUCUCCAUGGACACCGCCGGAUCACGACCAAAUCCACCACAACCCGAUACCGUCACCACUUCCAUUGACGAUCCACUAAACAAUCCAUACACCUCCUUAAACGCCAUCUGCCAUGACCUCUCCGAUCUCCAAGACCUAGCCACCCGCGGCGCGUGGAAGUCAAUCCUUGACAAAGUCGGCCACGCGAGGUCGCUCAACCUCCUCGCUAAACCUCACGAACACCUCACCUACCUCACUUUCAACGUCUUAGCACUCACCAAGCUCCGCCGCCCCGUCGAUGCUAAUCAAGAGCUCGAAACCCUCCUCGAUGGCGAAGAUUUCAACACCCCACAAUUCCAUUACCAAAAUUACCCUAAUCAUUACCCCAAUAUGAAGGGCAAUUUUGUCCCCUUUGCUCUCCGUUGGCUCCAUGCUUAUCUUCCCUACUCUCUCGGUCAGCGGAUGAAAUCACUCGACAGGUUAUAUACACUUUUUGAUUUUAUUCGAUCGAAAAAACUUACAGUUUUGACUAACCCUAGUAAAGAUUUGUGGAAAAGAAGGGAGAUUUUGGUGUUGAAUACGAUAAUUAGUCAUCAUUUGAGUCAAAAAGAUUUCAAAUUGUGUUUAUGUUUGUUGAAUGAGCUGAUUGAAAUAUGUGGGGAUGAUGAUCCGAACGUGUUGUCGAAAUUAGGAUAUGUGAAAAUGCAGUAUGGAGAUUUGGAGGGUGCGAAAAAGGCGUUUAGCGCGGUGGAGGGAAUGAUAGGGAGUGAAAGUGAAGUGGGGUUGAAGAAUUUGGUGAGUAGGAGUAAGGCAUUGAUGUAUAUAGUGGAGAAGGAUUAUGUAUCUGCUGUAAGGGAGUAUGAAGAGUGUAUCGAGAGGGAUGGAAUGGAUAUGGUGGCUAUGAAUAAUAAGGCUUUGUGUUUGAUGUAUUCGAGGGAUUUAUCGGAUGCUAUUAAGGUGUUGGAGAAUGCUUUGGAGAGGGUUCCGACUGUUGCAUUGAAUGAGACUCUUGUGGUGAAUUUGUGUAGUAUGUAUGAAUUGGCUUACGUUAAUCAUGCUGAUAUUAAGAAGACACUUAACAAUUGGAUUGCUAGAGUUGCUCCAGAUGAUUUUGACUCGUCUUGUACUCGGACAUGAGGUCAUGAAUGUCAGUUGGAACUGUCAACUAAUCUUAGUCUUGUUAAGUGAUAAAAGAUGGAAACUUGAAGAAGCAAGAGGUUGUACUGAUUUGAAGUGGUUUAUGACUAACUAAUGCCAAGAUGCUCUACGAGAUUGAGUUAAUUAAUCGUCUCAGACGAGCUAUGACUAUCUAAACAUGCUUGGCUUGUAGAAGUUCAAGAUGGUUCUGCUGAACUUGACUCUAGUUUUCCCUACUUUGUAACACAUUGUUUUCUUCAUUCCUCUGUUGGUUUCAAAGAAAAUUGUGCUGCAACUCGUUUCACUGUCAGAGCAAAACCGAACCUCCUUUAUGAGUUAUGAACUCUUAUUACUCUGUCCUUCUAUGACAAGAUCUCAAUUCGCACAAAGCCUUGUGUGUGCUGGCAUGUGACGCCAUUCAGUAGGCUUUAACUAUAUAGACCUGUUGACACACUUGAGACGUGCAUAUCCUAUUCCCUGAUUGAACGAAGUGAGCAUGUAUUGCUACGAUUUGGCGAUUUUGAUUGUGGAUGGAGGUUGUGAUUCGCUGAGUAGCGUUGAAGCAAAGAUUUUGUACAUGUUAUGUAGAGUAUAUAGUCUUCUAGGAUCAUCUGGAAAAGACUUCUUGCAGUUUGGCGAUGGGGACAAAAUUAUGAAAUUGCAUUUUCUGUAGCUCGUGAGCUUGCUGUUACUGUUCUAUUAGUAUCAUUUAGUAAUUACUGAUUAUUAUUUUCCUUUGCUAA